GAGCUGAAGGCUGGUGUCUCCUUUAAGAGGCGGGCGGUGAGUGAGCAUCUGGCUCCUGGUCAGGGAGUGCUUGGAGCGCUGGGUUACUGUCAGAGGCACUGGGGACAGGACCCAGGACCUGUAACAGCCAGCCAUGAGUGAGGCAGCCGGCAACAAAUCCUCCAGGGCAUCGCAGCGACUCCGAAAUAUCCGCAAGAACUCCAUCAGCCGCAGGAUUUACUCGGCAGCGUAUGAGGAGCAUGAGAACAGUAACUCGGAGGAUGACGAGCAGGACGAUGAAAAAGCUGACUGCAAGGAUCCGGAAGAAAUCUUCCAGAAUAUUCAGAUACAGAAAGAGAUUAUCUCGAACAUUCGCUGUCGACCCUGGCCAAUGCGUCAGAAGCUAAAGGCGCUCAGACAAGCCAAGGAGAUUGUAUUGAAAUACGAAGGCAGAUUGACAAGGACAAGAGGUUAUCAAGCAGCAGGAGCAGAAAUGUGGAAAAAAUUUGGGCGACUAGUGUGUAACAUCACCGUGCUGUUUAUCCCCUGGGAAAUGAGAAUCAAGAAAAUAGAAAGUCACUUUGGUUCUGGAGUCGCCUCGUAUUUUAUCUUUUUGAGAUGGAUGUUUGGCAUCAACAUCGUGCUGACAAUAAUGACUGGUGCGUUUGUUAUUUUACCCGAGCUUUUAGCAGGUACCCCAUUUGGAAGCGUUCCCAGCAAAACCAUUCCUGCAGGACACGUCGCAUCAGCUCAGGAUCUGGACACCAUCUGGUCACUCGGGGGCUACCUCCAAUAUUCCGUCAUGUUCUACGGUUACUACGGCAACGAGAGGAAGAUUGGGAGGGCAGGCUACCGUUUACCACUGGCCUACUUCAUGGUGGGAAUGGCUGUGUUUGCCUAUAGCUUCAUCAUUCUCCUACGAAAAAUGGCGAAGAAUUCGCGGUUGAGCAUGGCUAGUGCUUCCGAUGAGAAUUACACCUUCUGCUGGAAGAUCUUCUGUGCCUGGGACUAUCUGAUCGGUAAUCCAGAAGCUGCAGAGAGUAAAACAGCUGCAGUGAUCAACAGUAUUCGGGAAGCGAUUCUGGAGGAGCAAGUGAAGAAAAAAGACAGAAGCUUGCCGGUGAUAAUAAGCUUAAGGAUCCUUGCCAACAUCCUGGUGCUCCUCUCUCUCGCCGGCAGUAUUUACAUCAUUUAUUUUGUUGUCGAUCGUUCCCAGGAGUUGGAGCGCACUAAAGCUGAGUUGUCGCUGUGGGAAAAGAAUGAGGUGAGCGUUGUUGUUUCCCUCAUCACCAUGAUCGCUCCCUCGGUGUUCGAACUCGUGGCUCAGCUGGAGAUGUUGCACCCCAGGACCACCCUGCGUUUCCAGCUCGCCAGAGUGUUGGUGCUGUACUUGGGCAACCUCUACAGUUUAAUCAUUGCUCUGUUAGACAAGGUGAACAGUAUGAGCAUGACGGAUAAUUCCAAUGAUACGGGGACAGCGUUUUUAGCAACCAGAGCUCUCCCUGAGGAAGAGAGCCUCUCGACCAUCGUCCCUGAGAUUAGACUGAGGCAGAACAGCUCCUUCGGUUCAGAGGACAACAAAACGAAACCACUCAUCAAGUAUAACAGGACGGCUCUGUUUGAUUACAACAUAUUGUCACAGCAGGAUCAAUGUUGGGAAACCUACGUUGGGCAGGAGAUGCUGAAGCUGUCUAUUAUCGAUAUGCUUUUUACUGUGGGUAGCAUCUUACUCAUUGACUUCAUUCGAGGGCUGUUUGUGCGAUUCCUGAGUGAUUGUUGGUGCUGGGAUCUAGAGAGUAAAUUUCCUGAGUACGGAGAAUUCAAGAUUGCUGAGAAUGUUUUACAUCUGAUAUAUAAUCAGGGAAUGAUAUGGAUGGGUGCUUUCUUCUCCCCGUGUCUCCCAGCAUUCAAUGUUCUCAAACUGAUUGGCCUCAUGUAUUUAAGGAGCUGGGCAGUCUUGACCUGUAAUGUUCCACAUCAGCAGGUCUUCCGUGCUUCAAGAUCCAACAAUUUCUACCUGGCCAUGACUCUGUUCAUGCUUUUCCUGUGUAUGCUACCAACUGUCUUUGCUAUCGCGAGAUAUCGACCCUCUCCAAGCUGUGGGCCAUUUAGUGGUCAAGAUAAAAUUUAUGACAUUAUAUCAGAGACAAUAGUCAAUGAUUUCCCUGCCUGGUUUAACACCAUGAUGAGUUAUGUCACCAGCCCUGUGGUGGCUCUUCCUGCACUCCUGCUGCUUUUUAUGUUGAUAUACUAUCUCCAGUCAAUUGCACGCUCACUGAAGUUUACCAAUAAUCAGCUCAGGAUGCAGCUCCAAGUUGAAAGAACAGAGGAUAAAAAGAAAGUAUUCCAGAUGGCAGUUGCGCGAUUCCAACAUUUGGAAGAUGGUGACAAGAAAACGGAACAUGAGAGUGAGGUGGGCAGCCAGGAGUCUUCACUUCAGUCAUCACCUCGGAGGAACGGGAGUGUUGCGAAUGUUGACUCCCCGGUCAGUGCAGGGAGUCACAUUCCAAGUAUUUCACAACAGCUGGCUCAUGCGGAUGUCCCUCGGAUUCCCAGCCUCACUCAAAUUCCAACAGCAGCAGCCUCACGACACAAGCGUGAGCACGCCUUCCCAAGAAAUCCAGGUGGAUUACAGGGAGCCGCAAGUGGGCAUCACAGAGGAAAAGCAUCCUCCAGCCGGGCCAACAAAUUACCUGAAGAUGUUCAUCCUGAUGGCCCAUUUAGGAAGUGUGUCAGACCACUACACUAUUCACCUGCAGCAGGGGCUCCACAGAUGAUUCUAGGCCGCAGAGUGCACACGGCACGUUACAUAUUAGUCAAUGAGCGUGAGCCGAGGAAAAGAUUAAUUCGCUCGGUCACUCGAAUCCCCAGGCAUUACAAGGCGGACGAGACAAGGGGUGCAGUGGAACUGUUACCAAGGAAUCUGAAAAGGUACGCAGUUCACGCAGGGCACCGAACCAACCCGCAGCUACACGUCAGUGAAGAGGAGGAGGACGAGGACGAUCUGGAGCAGGUGACAUUCAGCAGGUCUCCCCGCCCACACUCGCUCUCCGAUCUCCACCAACCCACUCGCUUCUACAUUGGGGACAGCAAAGACAGUCGGAUAUUGAUCGGCAAGGACGUGGCCCAGAUGCAGUACGAGGACGAGGACUCCGAGCCCCAGCGGGAACGCGCGGACCCGGGGUCAUCGCACGCUCAGUGGAACAGCAAAGGUCUGGCACCAACCCAGCAAGGUGCCGGAGCUCACGUCAAAUGGAAAACGAAACACAAAGCAGAGCAGUCGUUGACGGAAUCGGACUCAGCUUCAAUCGCAUCGAGCAGCGAUCAGCAGAACAGCAGCACCGACCAGUACAUUCAGGUCAUCCAUACCAAGGACAAGUGUUUGAAAACUUCCAACGAGAAUCUAAGUCGGAGCAAGUCAAGAGUAAGCAUUGAACUGAAUGCGGCAGAGGUUAAUGAGCUGGUCUGUUCCAAUGUCUAGAAUCAGUUUGUUCAUGUGCACAUCAGUAGUAGUUGUGGGAAAAAUGGGGAAGGGAGCUUAAGGAAGGUUAGAUGGAUAGAAUAAGGAGAGAGAACUAAAAGGUAGUGUUACCUUUUUAGGGUUAGAAGAAUUGAGAGUAGACUUGUAUUGAGGGCUUUUGGGAGGAUUGUGAGAUAGUUUUGAUGAAAUUCAAUGUAAAAUUGAAGACUGUGAUCUAUUUCUGAUUCCUGACAAUUUUUUAAACCUGUACGUUCUUUUAACUGAUUGCUUAUAACUUAAAGGUGGGUUCCAAAUGGAGAAGGUGUUGUCAGAUAAAGAGCAUGAGAAGAUAUGGAUCAAAGAUGGGUUAAGAGAGUUCAAAUACAGACCAACCAUGAUCUUAUUGAAGGGUAGAACAGUCUGGCAGGACUGCAUAGCCUCCUCCUAUUCCAAUGUUGCGUUCUCAAAAUUAACAACAGUAGGAGGUAAUUUAAUGAGAUCAGCAGAUCAAACUAAUCAUUUAAUUAACUUAUACCCAUCAUUAGCUAAAGCUUCACAUUUAGACAUGUUGCAAGUAAAGAGGUAGAAUUGUUGUGUUAUCGUAGAGAACUGUGAUUCAGUUUAACUGGAAAUAUCAUUCCUUAGAUAAAAAAUAGAAAAAAGACCCUGGCAUUUUUAAAUGGAGACUGUUAUGAUCAGUCACAAGAUUGUGGGAGGGGUGUAUUCAUUCAGAAAAUUGGCCCUUGGGGAUGCCUUCAGAAUAACAUUGCAUUUAUACAGCACCUUUACUUUAGUAACGCUUCCCAAGAUGCUUCACCGAAGUGAGAAACAUAAAGUGAUGUCAGGACAGUAGCGUAAUGGGGAAUAUGCAGGAAGGUGGCUAUGAGGAAUGUUGGAUCAGCCAUGAUGCUAUUGAAUGGUGAAACAGGUUCGAGGGGCCGAACUGCCUGCUCCUGGUCCUAUUUCUUAUGGCCUUAUGGACAAAGGCAGGUUUAAAAGGAGGAAGGAGAGAGUGAAAAGUAGGCAAUUCCAUAAUUAGCCCUCAUUAACCAGGCACAGAGGCAAAAUUCAACUUAACUGGGGCUUAUGUACAGUAAUUUUGUUUUUGCAUUUUGAAUUGGAACAUGGCCUGUGUAACGUAAAUAUAAAUCUGAUUUUACAGCAUGUCAGUUGUAAUGUAAAUGAAAAUGUAUCAUUCAACUGUUCAAUCUUCUGACAGUCACACCAUCAGCUACUCAGUGUGUAUUGAUUUAUUGCAUGCUUGGUGCCUUCACUCUGAAUUUCAAACUCAUAGUUUGUAUUGCUAAUAAGUGUAACUAAGAUCCUGAAAAAUUGUUGCAUUAAGACAUAACUAGUCAAUAAAGCAAAUUCCU